AUGAAUGAAACACCAACAGAACAACGUGCCAAAACGGCAGCACCCGCAUUACCACAACAACAGCCAGCGCCCCCUUCUCAAGCACCAUCAUGGUCGCCAUGGGACUGGUGGGCCAAUACAGCAGAUUACGGCGCCACCAUUCGAGCAUUCUUGUCCCUGGUUUCCCGAGCGACGAAUGCAGAGCAUGCUGAACGACUAUUCCAACAUGAAUUCGCAAAAUUUGAACUGGCGGGCACUCGGAUGAUCCUCCUCCACGAAAUCAUCAGACAAUGCCCCGGCCAUGACCUCCAUAGAUUAGCCUCCAACACCCUGAUGGGUUGGAACAACCCUCCUCCUGCACCACCGCGGUCAUUGUCUACCCCUAUUGAUCCAAGUUUGCAAGACACGAAUAGCGGAUUGGCUAUUAACAAGCGGAUACCCUACUACGAGAUGGGCCGACCGGCCACCCAAACACGGGCUCUUGACAGGCGAAGUAGUGCUCCAGCUGCCAGUGGCUCGACCCAUCCUGAAGUCAGCAAUCAGCGAAUUGCCAAUCAUCCGGUCGCAGAUGAUCUGAUGCGUGACAGAGAAGAGAGCGAUCCAUUUGCAAACCACAAGGUCAGCUUCAGUCGUAUCAACAAGAGAAUCGAGGCUGCUGUGGAGGCCGAGGAUCACGCCAAUAGGACUAUAGGCGACGGCGAGGGCUUCAUGCCCAUGACAGACGGCCUUGACGAGAAUGAAGAAUCCGGCGGCGACGACUCAUCUCCCGAUGUCGUACCUGUUCACGACGUACCCAUGGACGACCUACCUGUUGACGACUUAUCUCUCAACGAUCCACCCCCGGAAGACCCAACACAGAACGAAACAGAUCCUCAAGAGAAACCUGCCGAUACAAACCCACAGUCGCCUAUGAUCACAAACGAAGCGGUACCAUCACGGGGUAGCAAACGCACACACGACGAGAUGACUGGCAACCCAUCCGCUGCAUUCAGGAAGUACAAGGAUCUCGUCGCUCAACUACAAAAGGGGGACCUGAAGAUUCUCGAAGACAACGCUAAUAAGGACCUUGCGCAAGCGGAAGCGGACAAAGCCGCCGCGGACCGCGCACUGGGUGUGUUGGAAGGGAGAGCUCAAGCGCGACCAGACGACCUCCCCGACAAUUCAGAAGUUGAGAGAGCCCGUAGUCGAAACGAAAAAGCAGCACAGGCUGUGACGGGAGCAAAGAAGCGUGUCACCGCGCUAGGUCAUAUUGAGAGAGCGCGCUGGCUUCACGAAUCCUGCUUAGAGGCGAAGGAUUACAGACGCAAGAUGCAGGAAUUGCUGAAUGAGAAUCAGGAGAAAAUUACGCAGAUGGAAAAGGCAUAUCAUAAAGCUUUUACCUUUGCGCUAGAUGAGUACUGGGCGGGCUUGAUUGCUGCUGAGCGGGCGAGGCAGAGCAAUUGA